AGUAAGACGACUUUCACCAGGCGCGUCAAUGCAAGUGAACAAGUCCUGAAGCUGGUCAGUUCACAUCUUGAUAGCCAGCAGCGUAAUGAAGUUGUACAACAAUUACGUUAGUCCGUUCUUAGUGCUCAUCAGUAUUCUGAGAUGCAUUCGAGGAGACGACGCCAUCAUCUUCCCGGAGAACGACGGCCGAAACGAGCUGGCCGAACAGCUGCAGCUCGAUCUGGACGACAUGGAAUACGAGCGGGACAACGAUGGAGAUUCACGCGUUCCACCGCUGUUCAUACCGCGGGAUGCCGAGGACGACUACGUCCGCCUGCCGGACAAAAACGGAGACUUCGAAGUGGUGCCUCGCUUUUUCGUGCGGGAAAAUCGCCGCAGCAGUCAGCAGUUCGAUGCCGAACGAUACGUCGUGCUGCGGUUCUACUCCCGCUCGAAUAACUUGUCGCAGGAGCUAAGCUUAACGAAUGUAUCCCAGCUGACGGGUGAUUACGGCUUUAAGUUGGAGCGGCCGACAAAGAUUUUGAUCCACGGAUGGUUGGGUAGUUCGGAAUCGGAGGUUAUCGAGCCGCUGGCCAAGGCACUGCUGGAUCAAGAUGACUUCAACGUGAUCGCUGUCGAUUGGGAGAAGGGAGCGCAAACGCUGAUUUAUCCGGUAGCUCGAUAUAGAGUGAGCAAGGUGGCUGAAGUGGUUGCAGCUAUGAUCGAGAAACUACUCGAAAUGGGUCAAACUCCGGAUCAGUUUGGAAUUAUCGGUCACAGUUUGGGUGCUCACAUUGCUGGUUUAUCUGGGAAGCGUCUCAAAGAAAAGAUAGCGUACAUAAUUGGGUUGGAUCCGGCAUCGCCUCUAUUCCGGUACAAGAAGCAUCAAGAUCGACUUGCCUCAACCGACGCCCAGUAUGUGGAAGUCAUCCACAGUAACGGUAAAGCUUUAGGCCUGUUUCGGAACAUUGGAACCGUGGAUUUUUAUCCCAACGGGGGCAUAGUCCAGCCCGGCUGUGGUUGGAGUUUGACGUGUCACCACGAGCGCGCGGUUCAUUACUUCAAAGAGUCUCUCAAGGUAAAGGAUUAUUUUGCCAAUCGGUGCGCCGAUGUGCAAAAUCUUGGCGAAUCGUGCACCAUGGGCAAAGCUCGACUAGGGGGCGUCGAGUUGGGUCGGCAGCGCUUGAAACCUAGCGGAGUGUACUACAUGCUGACGGCGGCCACCAGUCCCUUUUUUAGAACGGAGGAAUAGUUUGUGUGGUAAUGAUUUACUCGAAACACUGUGAAUUUGGCUUUCACUCUCUGGAGCCACUGUUUGGAAACGUUUCUAAUGAGAUAAAAUUUAUAGAAAUAUAGCAUUCGUAAAUAAUU